AUGUCGCUCAACCGCUCUGUUUCCGUGCUUCAUAGCGAACAAAGCCAGUUAACAGAGUCUGAUGAAAUUUUCAUAAGCGAUGAAGUACAGUUGUACAUAGACAUAGCUUUAAAGCUCAUCUGCCUCCCUUUUCUGUCUCUUUGUGGCAUCCUGUUUAAUAUUAUCAACAUAAUCGUCGUCAUCAAGAUUGGACUCACAGACUGUGUCAGUAUGGCCGUUCUGUUCCUGGCCAUCUCCGAUUUCCUCCUUUCUGCAACCACUCUCUUCCACGUCAUGGCCGUCGUCCCAAUGAAAGUUGACCCUUUUGCCACUCUGGACCCCACUGGCCUGUACUUUCUUUCGGGAUGGAUAAGGGAGAUGUUUUUAGACAUAUCCCUCCUCCUUACCGCGUUCGUUUCGCUAGAGCGCUGCCUGUGUGUCACCUGGCCUCUGAAGUUCAAAUCAGUCUUUACGGUCAAAAGAUCAGCGGUUAUAUGCACUGCCAUCUUUAGCCUCUCCAUUCUAUCUUACGUCCGAGUUCAUGUCAGUCAUGGAAUCCGUUGGCAGUUUGACGUCACCACAAACAGAACACGUCUGAUGUUGUGGCUUGCAAAGGACCGAGAAGAGGUCUUAAAGUUCACCAAUGCUUUCCACAGGAUAUUUCUCUAUAAUGUUGAGUUGGCCUCAAUCACUCUUAGUGCGAUCUUCAUGGCUAUUCGGAUCCGGGCCUCAGCUAGGUUCAGACAACAGUCAACUGCAAGGGGAUCUCCAUCCAAAAACAAGAACACGGUGUCCAGAAAGGACAGUAGAGUGGUCACCAUGGUAUUUCUGGUCGCCGUGGCGAGCAUCGUCCUCCUUAUGCCAUCUGUGGUGUUCGUAUACGCCAGGAGGGCCUUCCCAGAUUUCUUCAGCUACCAGCGAUAUCCCAACAUGUUCUCAACCGUUGUGAACGCUACGUUUGCUUUCUCCUCUCUCAACGCUUGCGUGAACAUCUUUGUCUACUACAACUUUAACACACGGUACAGACAAUUCAUGCAGCAAUACGCAUGCGGCCAAAUGGGUGAAAAGAAUACAAGUACUCGCAUAGCAGGUUCUUGA